AGCCUGCCCAUUUAUCACAAUUCGGCGCACGUGACUACUGAGCGAAAUGUGGUUUUCUGUUCUGUGGUGGUUGAGUAUACUGAGUAAGUACCAAUAUGUAGUACGCUUAUGCUCAUCAUUCAUUAGGUGCCGUCUACAGCCAACUCUUUUGGAAUUUUGACUCCGACAAUAAGACGGUUUUCCAUGCUUACAUUUUGGAGAAAAAUCUCCAAGUUUCUACCCAUCCUCCGCUGCAUGUCAGCCUUCCCAAUGGUGGACAUCUCUGUCGUUUCAUUCUCCUACCGACCGAAUCCAACGCAGUGCCACCGUUCAUCACUGCAGAAGUCACUGAUGGAGAAAGAGGAUAUGGUCGAAUAGUGCUGAACGAGUCUGCUUUGUACGUCACCCGAGCACAUGGCGAUACCACAGUCCACGGUGGCAUGUUUCAUUUGAAAAUUUACGCUGAAGAUUGUGGCCAACCGCCACAGGCGACGCCUGUAUGGACAUUGAAUGUGAUUCUUGUCCCCACGGAUCUGCCUGUGUGGUCCGAAAGGCACUACACUUUCUUCGUGCCAUCCACACUACCGGCGGGUGGCAUCGUGGGCAAAGUCACCGGCUACGCUGCGUUCGACUUUGACGUGGACCCUUCGGAACGUCUGGGCGAUGAUACGGGAAUGUGUGCGUACGCGAUCAACAACCAUCUGUCGGACGGCAAGUUUGAUAUUGACGGACAUGGCGUGAUCCGAUCCAGAAUCAACUUUGAUCCAUAUCGGGAUGUUCAAUAUGACCUGAAUGUUACUGGCUUCGACUGUCACAGUCCGGAACAACGUCGAUCUACCGUCUCGGUGACGAUUGUGGCCCAGUCCGAUUGUCGUUUAUCUUGGAAAGAUGUCAACUAUGAGUUCAACUCUCCGGUCCUGCCGUCCCCGCAACCCAUCGCGCCAAUGGCUAAUUUGAAUUCUUGUGAAACAGUUUCCAAAGACUGUAAACUUGCGGAAGCAGUUUUGCGCGUGAAGCUUCUAUGGAAUGAGCGUGCUCUGAACGGGUUGCAGUUAGAUUCCCUUGGUCCGGAUUUCACGUGUGAUUUAGAUCCGUUAUCCUUGAGAGUCCUACGAGAGUUCUGUGGCGUUUCGAAGCCACAUUUGCACGAACUACUUCCACAAGAACAAAUCGUUUCGCACGCCAUCAACAUCGGGGAUGUCGGUUACAAUGUGUCCACCGUUGUUCACCAUUUCAACGGCUCUACGCAGUGGACUGUCACGGAGGGUCAACUCUCCCAGGUAGAGCAUCGUCUUGACAACGUGCCGUUCACCUUGAGUUUUUGGAUGAAUCACUCGGCCGUCCCCGAAGCUGUUGACUCGCCAGACGAGUUGAGUGGCAAAGAGCACAUUGUUUGUAGCACUGACGGGCAGGAUAAGAACCGACAUCAUUUCGCUGUGUUCCUUCACAACUGCAAGAUGACCUUGUUACUUCGACGAGAACCAGUGGACACAAAACAUCACGAACUGUUUCAGCUCUACCCAUCACAGUGGCGCUUCAAGGUUGACGAACUGUGUGAUUCCCAAUGGCAUCAUUAUUCUCUGGUAUUUCAACCUCCACCGGAAGAACUUGUCAAGGGCAUAUUGAAAGAAUCAAUUCAGUGGCGGGCGGACGAGCAACUAUUCGACUCUCCACCCGCCUUGUGUUUCUCAUCACAGCUGAAGCUGUACGUUGAUGGUGACCUCAUCGCCGACCCGGAGCUGGUUCAAAUAGUCGAAGAUCUUCCCUUACGACGGUUACAUGAACCGCUGGAAAUUACACGCAUGUCUGUGGGUGCAUGUUGGCAUUCGACUCUUGGUCGAUUUGUCCAACACUUCUCGGGUCAAUUGGCAGGCCUCACUCUAUCCCGAGGCAUCGCGGAACCGGAUGUUGUACUCCAGUGUAUUGUCAACUGCAACCCACGUUUACACAUGAUGCACCCUGCAGCCGGUCACGUGAAGCUCACCGAUUUUCCCGCACUUCGUCAGUCCCAACUCGACAACUUGAUCAUUGAAGUAAAUCAAGUGGCCGAACUUGGUGAAACUCUCCGCAAGACUGUGUUUUUCACACCUCGCCUUUGGCACAGACCGACCGAGCGACCUGAGCCGACUGGUAUUCAUAUCAAUACGGUGAUACGCUACAAUGGAGGAUGCCCGAAUGUGAGCAUCUCUGACCACACCGUGCAGAUAGUUCGUCCCAAAAUGAGCAAAUCAGUCAUAGCUACACUGAUAUCCACGCCACUUCGGGAAAAUCUCUCUCUGCAUGGCGAUGCCAUUUCGACCAAAUUGUCUCCGGACGUUUCACAUACGCUCGUCCUCAAUGCGUUUGUGCAACCACAGCCGACGGAGGUCUCACCUAGUGACCUUUGGCAUGGAGUUGCAAUAUUCCCGUCCGUUGGCCUAUGGUGGAAACGGAUUGGGUCGGCGAAUGUUACUUGGGAAUUGGAUACGGAUGGUGUCGUAUCGUUCUGCGACAUCGAGAUUUGUCCAUCACCAUCUGCAGGCGAAUUGGAGUCCGAGGAGAAACUCGCUGUCAAUCAGCUGUCCGGAUUACAUCAAGAGAUUUUCCCUUCCGGCCUUCGUCUCACUGGUCCGGCCCAAGUGGAUAAUUUUGUCACAGCACUCCGGCAUGUGCACUGGUUUCAUCUUUCACCGAGUCCGGGGUUGUCUAGCCGCUGUUUCCAGGUCUACUGUGUCGCACAAUUUCAAUCUACCGAUGUUACCGGAUCGACAAAUCAAUUGCGGAUUCAGAGUAACACACUCACAUCACGGUUCUCUAUUCAUUCGCCCAAAGGACCAGCCGUUCCGGAACCUGCAACUGUCCAACAGCACCGAACAUCGUUCCAUGAACCCCGAACUCUGCGCUCUCUGAGCAAACGUGAACUAUCCAAGCCACUAGGAUCGCCUAAUACUUGGAGCUACCAGCAACAGCUUACCUAUGCACUCAUUGGUUGUGCACUCGCCAUCCUACUCGUGAUGGCUGUGUUGGGGACCGUGACUGCCAUUCGAUUCGGCGGCUUCCGUAUGCGAUAUCGACUCCCGAAUGGAUGGAAAGCUAGCAGCCAACAUGCUUUCCACAUGGCUGUCAGACAAAGUCAAAGAGGACAACCACCUCCGGUCAUUCCACAAUCCUCUUCACUCCAAAUCAUGGUCAAUCCAGCGAGUAACCCCCAAGAGGUGGAGGAGCUAGAACGGAAAUUUUGUUACUACGACCGUCAAGUCUAUGCUGACGACAUGUAUGACCCAGAAAACGCCACGGAUAUCAACGAAGACCUUUCGGAUUUCGAAACACCAACUGACACGGUAUCGAAUAAGCCGCCAGCUUGCAUAGCCUGAACAGUGCGGGGGACUGAUCACUAGAAAGGGGUUGAAGGUGUAACAGCAGACCACUCCUACCAAAACACACACCUACAUUGUCUGUCUAUCCAUAUCAUCAUUAAUUAACGCUUUAUAUGUCUCCAAUUAUGAAGUGCAUUUACUAUCUACUCAUUUUCAACUGUUUCCUCAAUUUGAGUUACAAACACUGGUCAUUCCCCCCCGGCCCCGCGAAACUCACGUUCCUUCACCGGCGCACCAAACAUAUCAUCAGCACCACACGGCCAAAUAGUGAUUUUUUUAAUUUGCUAGUUGUUGUUCCAAUGUUCGUUGUGAUUUGGUAUGUGAGUACACUACGUAUCGUCAGUUCUCAAUGUUUUGUUCAUCCAAAUCACAUUGAUGGCCUCUAGAAACCGUCAAUUUCACAGUUUGUACUAACCUUGAUCAUGUCGGGUUAAAAUGAGUACCUGUGGCACCGUUGAUCGUAGCUGGUGUAAUCAUCUCCCCGGUAGCCAAACCACCAACCAUGGUC